GGCGCUCGAGCUGUACACGUCUGCGGCGGAGCACCUCCUCUCUGCCCUGAGGCUCGAGGAGGGAGGGCACGCGGCGGCAUCGAUCCGGCUCCGGCUCGGCGCAGUGAUGGACCGCGCCGAGCAGCUCAAGGGCGGAGGACGCGGGCCAGCCCCCGCCGGCCCGGCGCCGGCGUCAGCGCCGGCCGCCGCCAAGCCCGCCGCCAAGCCUGCCGCCAAGCCCGCCGCCAAGGGCGGCCUCUCCGACGAGGAGAAGAAGGUGCUCGCCCGCUCGUCUCGGAUCGGCAAGCUCGUCCACUACCCGUGGCUCGGCGACCAGGCCAGAGAGCGCUUCGCCUUCGGCGCGCCGUGGUGCGACCCGGACGGCCUGCUGCUGCUCAACGGCGAGCAGCGGGCGCACUUUGGGCGGUGGGCGCGCCCGUCCGAGUUCAUGCGCGGCGAGCCAAGGAUGAUCUACCUCGUGUCGCCGCUCACCAUCACGCAGACCAUCAUCACCGACUGCUCCUUCGUCUCGUCCCUCGUGAUCGCCGCGUCCUUCGAGCGCCGCUUCCGCACGCAGCUCGUCACGGCGAUCCUCUACCCGCAGGACCGCGCAGGCGUGCCCAUCUACAACCCGGCGGGCAAGUACAUGGUCCGCCUCAAGUUCAACGGAGUGAGCCGCCGCAUCCUCGUCGACGACAGGCUGCCGCUCGACCGGCACGGGCGGCCGAUGUGCUCGCACUCGUCCCACGCCGAGGAGCUCUGGGUGUCAAUCCUCGAGAAGGCGUACAUGAAGGUCAACGGAGGGUACGACUUCCCCGGCUCGAACUCGGGCAUCGACAUGCACGCCCUCACCGGCUGGGUGCCCGAGCAGCUGCGGACGGACAGCGGCGACUUCAAGCGCGACCGGCUGUGGCAGCGCAUGACGUCGGCGUCGAAGUUCGGCGACUGCCUCAUCACCGCGCUCGGCCUCGUGCCGACGCACGCGUACGCGGUGCUGCAGGUGCGCGCCGCGUGCGGCGUGCAGCUGCUGCAGCUCAAGAACCCGUGGGCGCGCAAGCGGUGGCGCGGCGCCUUCUCAGUCUUCGACCGACAGCGGUGGACGCCGGAGCUGCGCAAGGCGUUCGGCUUCGACCAGCAGGCGUCGCUGCAGCAGGACAACGGCAUCUUUUGGAUCGACUACGACUCGCUGCUCCGCCACUUCGAGGGCGUCUUCCUCAACUGGAACCCGCAGCUCUUCAAGCACCACACCGUGACGCACGGGCAGUGGCCGCCCCGCGCCGCCUUCCGCGACGACGCCGUCGACCUCGGCACCAACCCGCAGUACCAGCUCACAGUCAACGUGCCGCCCGCCGGCGCGGCGACGGCGGUCUGGGUCCUCCUCACCCGCCACUCCUCGCGGCCGUACAACCUCGCCAUGGCGGAGGGGCGGGACGCCUCUCGCGACGCCUUUCUGACCGUGCACGUCUUCCGCGGCGGCGCACGCGCCCACUACCUCGAGCGCUGCUGGAUGCAGGGAGUGUACUCCAACCGGCCGCACACGCUCGUCAAGUUCGACUUGCCCGCCGCGUCCGCGCCGCAGCAGCUCACCCUCGCCCUCGCCCAGUACAAGCCGACCGACUCGCAGGCCGGCCGCUCGCCGCGAGUCGACUUCUCGCUCGACGUCUACGCGCAGGCGCCCUUCACCCUCCGCCCGAUCGCACCGCCCGAGCCGACCGCGUCGCGCCUCACCGGCGCGUGGAGCGGCCGCACCGCCGGCGGCUCCUCGAACCACGACUCGUACGUCGACAACCCCCGCUUCCUGCUCGAGCUCCCCUUCGCCGCCAGCCCGGUCCUCGAGCUCGCCGCCGUCGGGCUGCGCGGCGGAGGCGCAGACUUGGCUGACCCGGCCGCAGCUCGGACGCGCGACGCGCGCAAGUGGCCGCUCCGCUCGGGCGACUACCGACCUGGCGGCUGUCGGCUGGCGGCGGCCUCCCUCCCUGCGGGCCGCUGGCUCGUCGUGCCGUCCACCUUCACGCCGGGCACCGAGUGCGGCUUCGAGCUGCGCGCCUCGGCGGGCCGGCUGGCGGCGCUGCCCCACGAGGCGCACGGGCUGCAGCGGCAGGCGGUCCAGGGGGCGUGGGACCGGCAGAGCGCCGCCGGCUCUCCGAACCACGGCGCCUUUUGGAAGAACCCGCAGCUGCAGCUCGUCCUCUCGCGCCCCGCCGAGCUGCUGCUGCGCCUGCGCGCGCCCGGCACGAGAGAGGGCCGCUCGGCGGCGCCGCCCUCCCUGUGCGUCGCUCUCUUUGACGGCGGCGAGCAGCGGACAGAGGCCACGGGCCACGGCCUCUCCCGCGCGCGCGCCGUGUCCGAGGGGGGGCUGUACGCCUACCCAGCGGGGGGCGCGUGCUUGCCGCGCACGCCACUCCCGGCGGGCAUGUAUGCGGUGCUGCUCUCGACGUUUGACCCGUACGUGGGGCCGUGGGAGCUUGUUAUGUACGCCACCGAGGGGACGCUGAGGGUGGCCUCCUUCCGCUGAGAGAGCCUGAGUGUGCGUGUGUGAUCUGUGAUGUUGUGGCUUGUGUGCACCCGCGGAGACUUGUUUUUUUUCGAGUAAGACACGGACAUAUUUC